UUUUCAUCAUCAUUUAAGUUGUUGUGUUCAUCUGAUAUAAGCUUUUCUGUUACAGAUUCUGGUGGUUUGUUUCCUAAAGAUCAUUUGCUAAGGAGUUGGGUUCUUCUUUUCAAGAUUCAAUAUGUUCUUUAUCUUUAGCUUUAACCCAGAGCCAUUGGAUGAACAAGAAACUCCAUAUUCAACAGGAUGAGGCUAGGGUUACAGAUGGUUGGGCGCCAUCUAGUCGCUAUCUUCACCGCACCAUCGCCGCCUCCAAUCAUCGUCGUCGUCGUCAUCUACCUCCGUUACAGAUCCAAUUGGCCAGCGCCUCUCCCCUUCUCCUCGCCGUCAUUGGCGACCUGCGAAUUGAAAUGACCGCCAUCCCUUCACCAUUCCGGAUUUCUUUGUCGUCCCAGCCUCCGCCGCCUUCGCCAUCCUAGUCUCCGAUCCCCCACCUCUGAUUUUCAGGAAAAUUUGCAAUCCAAAGUACAGUACACUAGUAUUUUAAUACCAGAAAGGGGAGAGAAACUUGGAUGCCUAAAGGUGAAGGUU